CCAACACCCUGGGGUUUUCAGACUGGGUGUGUUUGUGCUGCGUAAUGACGCACCACGUGACCAACAGGACCCAAACUCUGCAGCUUUAGUUCCUCCGCAAACUUUGGAAGUUUUUGCUGUGUUGUAAGAGACGCAGGAGACGUAAGAGGCUUCAGUCCAACCGUCCUGGAACAGAGCUACUCAGUUUGACUGACAACAACAAAGAUGGCCAACCAGCUGCAGAAGCUCGUAGCAGACAAGAAGGACAUGGUGGAGACGGUGAUGGAAGUGUUCGAACAGGGAGCAGAAGUGGUGGCUAGCAUCGCCGGUGACCUCUUCCCUGUUUUCUCCAUCGCUGCACCCAUAGUAAAGCUGGCUCUGGACAACGUGGAGAGCAAAGAGGCCGAAUACAUGAAGGAGCAGUUCCAGAAAGUGCGACAGCGUCUGGAGGUGAUUUCAGAGGAGAUUCAGCGGAUCAACGAUGAGAUCAAGAAGAGCGGAGUGGACGCUGCGUACUUCUCAGUUGAGGAGAACAUCACCAACCAGUUCAGGAAAUACAUGGACAUCCUCAACGCUAAGCCGAAGUUCAGGGAGGUGAAAAAGAAGCUGUUCCUGGAGCAUUUCGCCAAAACCGGCGGCGAGAAAAACCUUAACACCCUCUUCAGUGCCGUGACCGGCGACAACUUCUCGGGGGAAUCAGUCCUGGAGAUCACCCUGAACUACGAGGAGAAGAGUCGUAGAGCGAUGGAGGACUUCUGCGCCAGGAUGAAGAAGCUCUUCUGCGUCGGCCUCAUCGCUCUGUUGGGCCACGCUGCCCUGAAGGAGUACGGCGACGAAGAGGAGCUUCUGAAAGACUGGGGUGAGAAGAUGAAGACCGUCCAGAAGAAAAUGAACGCAGUGAUCGAAGAUUGCAUCCUCAGCUUCCCCAAACAGGCUGAGCUGGAUUCACGGCGACUGGUCAGAGACCGACCAGAACUAACCAACCAGCAGCUGGCGGACGCUAUCGUAGAGAAACUGAAGAAGAAGUACGACUGGGUGGGCUGGUCCGUGCGCGUCUUCAGGUCCCCCACCGGCCUGUUCAACAAAAAGAAGGAGUUCCACUGCCCCACGGGGAAGAGUCGCUUCCAGGUGGCGGCGGCGGAUGACAAACUCAACAUCGUGGUGUCCUACAGUUCAUCACCUGAACCUGUGGACAAGAACCGCAUCCAACAGCUGAUCCACGCUCAGAAGAAGCUCCUGUUGGUGGACACGGCAGAGUUUCUGUUUGGUGAGCUGCCUGGUUCUUGCGUGGUCCACACGGUGAAAAUAAGCAAAGAUCUGGCGUGUUCCACCAGCUUCAGCGAUGAGCUGCACUACUGGGAGGAGCACAAGAACUUCUACGUCUGCGUCCACUCUGCGUAAAGUUUCAGCCGCACAAAUACGGAACAGACUCCUUCCACAUCUGUACCUGACAUUUACACAGCACAAAGCCAACUAUUCUCUGUUCACGAUAACGGUGAAAAUACUUAAAAUGUGCCUUAAAUUUGUACCUUUGUAUGUUUUUUACUGUCUUUAGUCUUUUACUCUUUUGUACUCUGUAGUUUCUGUAGUGUGUCACUAGAAGGCAUUAGGGAAUUUAAACAGUGACAAUGUUAAGUUCUGCUACGGUGACGGAACCAGCCUCUGUAUUAACCUGAACAUUGGUUGUAGCUGUACUUCUGCUUUAUACCUCUUAGUAUUUGUUUCUAUAUUCUAGAUCAGGGCUCUCAAACUCAUUUCAGUUCAGUUCCACAUACAGCCUAAUAUAAUCUAAAGUGGGCCGGACCAGUAAAAUGCUAUAAGUAAUAUGAUAAGAACUUAUAAAUAAUGUCAGCUCC